UCGGGACCACCUGCUCUUCUGGCGUCAGCGUCCUCCGCAGGCGGAACGAUGGCGAUCAAUACGGCAGUGAAAUGUUCAGAGGGGGAUAUUUUGGGAGAAGCUCAACAUGUUUAGGAGCAGACACACGGUCACCGAGCUGGCUGGCUCCACGGGAGGCGAGCAGAAGACCCGGUAACCGUCCAGGUUUUGCUAUGGAGCAGCUGGAGGACAGCUUCAUCCGUGCACCACAGCAGUAGUGCGACAUGCCCACCGUCUCCUGGGCUCAUUCUCCCUGAUAACAGCUGCCAUGGCUUUUAAUAAUGAAAGCCUGCUGGCGGAGUGUGACUUCAUGGAGCCCAACAACGUGGAGGAAGCGGCUGAAAUCCAGCCGUCAGAAGCUUCGCCUCCUCCCAUAUCGGUCACUCUACGCGUGACCCUGGCAGCCAUAAUGAUCUUCAUGAUUACUAUUGGUUUCCUCGGCAACGCAAUCGUGUGUCUGAUUGUUUACCAGAAACCUGCCAUGCGUUCUGCUAUCAACCUCCUCCUCGCCACGCUGGCCUUCUCUGACAUCAUGCUCUCCCUGCUCUGCAUGCCCUUCACCGCGGUCACCGUGGCAACGGCCGACUGGAGCUUUGGGAGCGGGUUCUGCAGGGCCUCCAUCAUGCUCUACUGGCUGUUUGUGCUGGAAGGAGUGUCCAUCCUCCUCAUCAUCAGCGUGGAUCGCUUCCUUAUUAUUGUGCAGCGGCAGGACAAGCUGACCCCGCACAGAGCUAAGCUGCUGAUCGCAGGGUCGUGGGUGCUGAGCCUGUGCGUGUCCCUGCCGUCCGUGGUCGGGUGGAGGACGGGUGCUGCGGGUAUCGGAGGUUCCUGGGCGCCGCAGUGCGUCCUGGGAUACAGCGAGUCCCUGGCAGACCGAGGAUACACGGUGCUGCUGGCCGUAGCCGUGUUCUUUGUGCCGUUUACCGUCAUGCUGUACUCUUACAUGUGCAUCCUGAACACGGUGCGCCGCAACACGCUGCGCAUCCACAACCACACCAGCGAGCAUUCCUGUCUGCCGGCCCUCAACCAAGUCAGCAAAAUGAGACUCACUGGGCUGCAGAGGCCGCCUCAGAUCAAGGUGGACAUGAGCUUCAAAACCAGAGCCUUCACCACUAUCCUCAUCCUUUUUGUCGGCUUCUCGGUGUGCUGGUUGCCUCACACGGUGGUCAGCCUGUUAGCCGUGUUCAGCCGGCAGUUCUACUACAGCUCCGUCUUCUACCCCAUCAGCAUCGGAGCUCUGUGGCUCAGCUACCUGAAGACGGUCUUUAAUCCCGUCAUCUACUGCUGGAGGAUCAGGAAGUUCAGGGAGGCCUGUCAGGAGUUCAUUCCUAAAAGCUGCAGACUUUGUCCCAGAGUGCCGGGCAGGAGCCACAGGAGAGUGAGACCCAGCAACAUUUAUGUGUGCAGCGAGACACAAUCAGCUGUGUGACGCUGUUCUUGACUCUCAUUUACCCUCAAAAUAGGCAAUCAGAUGCUAUUAAAGUUCACAAAUAAUGUUCCUACUUGAAGAUUCAGUCUCAGCCAGUUCCUCCAGGUUUUCAGAAAAAUAAAAAUGUGAACAUCUACAGUCCAUGAGUCUGCUGAGGAUGUGAGACGUCCUAAAGGUCAAAAAUAACGCUGCGUGUCCACUAGAUGCGUUUUUCCUGCAUGUAAACACACCGUAUCUGAAAAUCUCCCUCUUGGUGUUCGUGUCCUUGAGGCCAGUAGUCGGUGUUUAACUCCUGCUUCCUUCUUCUCCAACUAUCCUGCCCCUGAUUGGACAAACGCAUCGACUCAGCAGCUGUCUGCUGCUGGAUUUCAAGCUGGCGGCUCAGUCACAAACUCUUUUAUUACGAAAACAGUUCAGAGAAAAGUGUUUCUGGAAGCAUUUGAGGUGAGAAAUAAUCUGUGCAGCAGCUGAAUAUGUCCAGGUUUUAGUUCACAGACGGAUAGUUUAGACAUUUGAUCAAAGUUUUGUGAUGCGUCGGACCUCUGAGUUUGCAUAAAGUACAAGUCGAGUCUGCUUUAUGCAAAUGAGCUGUGGGGAGACGCACCGCAGCCGGACCAGCAUGCAGCGCAGUGCGUUUCACAUAAACAAUGAAUGGGAUGUGGGAAAUAGCCGGAUCUAGUGGACACGUGGCUUAACUCCAGAAAUGACCUUGUGUUGAUGUUAUUUCUUCUGCUGUUUCCAUAAAUUAGUCCAUAUUCAGUCUCAUAUUCUUGACUUGGUGACAACUCGAGUUUCUGAAACUUGCUGCGGCUCAAAUAGUUUCAUAUCUUUCGUUGUCAGUUUACUUCUCUGUUUCAUAUCGUCCCUGAACUUUUAUUGUCGUCUCAGACUGUCGGAAACAGCUAGGUUGUCGUGGUGAUAAUAGUUCUGUUGUCAGUCGUGUGAUGAGUUUCAAAAAUAGAACCAUAAAGUAUUAAUGUUAAUUAAGCUCUAUUUUCUUUAAAAAAAAAAAAUUAUUGAAAUUUGUGUAGAAACAAUCUUGUCGGUUGUUUUUUGAUCCAUGAAUGUGUCAACAAUUAAAUGUUUCAGUUACUGUGGUUUGAACGUUUCCUCUAGUGCAUUAACAUGUCAUGGAAGAUGAAACCAGGUAAAUAAAUAUAGUUUUUAAAUGACGUUACAUGGACAGAGAGGAGUGCUUGGAUUAAAAACACUGUAUGUAAACUGUAUAUCAAGUAUGCAGAUAAAUAAUGGGGGAAAAAUAGGUUGAAGAUUAAAUAUCUUGAGCUGUGUGUAACAUUCUA